AUGACUAACCCUGAGGAGCGAAUCGCUGACAUCAAGUCGCCAGCAUCGUCACCGCAGCGGCACCACCGACUUCAGGCGUCGCUCAAAGACGUAUUGGAUCUUGCUUCCACCGCACAAGCCCCUCUUGGACCAGUGGAGCGUGCCACGGCGCGGCGAACAUUCUUCCGCGUCGUCGAGCACCUUGAAGCCACAGACCCCUUCCGCAGCAUCGCGCGUGUCGAGAGAGCCACAUCGUACAGCCAGCCACUGCUGGUCCGGCACACGUACGAAUACGCGCUUUCGGAUGAGUCGCGCGACAUCUUUUUGCGUGCUUUUUUUGCGUCGAUCGAGCUCGAUCUCACCGGCGCACAUCCUGAGCUUGAUUUUGAGGUGCUCACACCUCGCUUUAACGGCUUCGCAGACUAUCUCGUCGACAACUUCUUUCUGCCGCUGAAAGCUUCGACACGGAAAACGCCUCAGCCCUCACCCGCCUACCACUCGGCCGUUUUGAGCGCCCAGGAAGGCGUGACAACAGCACACGGCUUUAUCGGUACAUCGGAGCGCCUGGCUUCGCUGCGCUGGGAGUGCCUUGUCCGGGAUCGGCACCGGUGCGUUAUCACACGCCACUUUAGCAGCGACGAAUACGAGGCACGAUUCAAAUUGGAUGGCAAUGAUGCAAGCGACGACGACGGCAUUUUGUUCUCGGAGCAAACGCCUGGCCAGCUCGCGCCUCUCGAAGUGGCACAUAUUCUGCCACAUUCCUUGAUGAAGCUGGACAGGAAUGCUGAGAUGGAUGCGUCCCGCCAGGCUGCCUUGGCGAUUUUAAACAUGUUUGACAAGGGCGUGGCACAUAUAAUCAACGGCGUUGACAUUGACCGGCCACAGAAUGCGCUGACGCUCAACAUGAUGCUCCACCGAUAUUUCGGCGCCUUUGAUGUCUACUUUGAGCCUGUCCCGGCCGCAAGCAACACCUACCGCAUCCAGUCUUUCUUGUCGCCGGGCACCAACGUUGCAUUUGGGCUGCCCGUCACUCGGGCGCUCUUUGUCACCGAGUCACGCACCAUUGAUCCGCCGUCGCCGCGUCUCCUUGCUGUGCACCGCGCCAUUGCCCACAUCUUACACCUGUCGGGUGCUGGUGACUACCUGGACAGAAUACUCCGAGAUAUGGGCGACAAUUACGUCCGCGCCGACGGGACCUCAGCGCUGGGCCACAUGGUGGCCCUUGGACUGCACGGCUGGACGGGCAAUGCUGUGUAUUGA